GCUCUCUCUCUCACUUUUGCUCUCUCUCUCUCUCUCUCUUUCUCCCUCCCUUUCUCUUUCCCUCUCUUGCUCUCGCUUUCACUCUUCCUCUCGGUGGUCCCGAAUGUCAGUCCCUCGCGACUGUGAUCUCGUCGGCCACUCCAGUUUCCAACGAUGGAUUUAAAUUCCUCCUCCAUCGACAGAGGGUCGAUCGCUAUGGCACACAAUAAUCAAUUAUCUUUGGUGCAGGGUCACAUGAAGGACCCGUAUACUACGGCUCCCACCGCCGCCACCACUUCUACUGCUGCUACUGCCACCACCGCAGCUAUUAUUACCUCACCUACAACAACCCUUCCUAUAAUGGCCUCCACCGCGGUGUCGGCCUCAACAGCCGCGGCAAGAGAGCCGCGAUAUCUUCCCCCAUCACACACUGAGAAAUUCGGCGCACAGAACGUCGAUUCCGACCCGUCGUCCGACGCAACUAAGUCGGUAUGGACGCAGCGGGUUUUGGGCGAGAUGAAAGACAUGCUGCUCCUUCUCGGCUCCGACGGACGGAUUGCGUAUGCGUCGCCUGCCUGUCAUUGGAUCACAGGCUAUGAAUUCCCGCAAAUAGACAGACACGACAUCGCCCGUUUUAUCCACACGGAGGAUCGGGCGUUCUUCGCGGCGGAAAUGGAUGAAUGCAUUGCAAAUUCCCGACCAUUCCACUGUCAUUUCCGGUUCUACAAGCGCGAUAACGCCAGCUGUGUUCUGGAAGCGUAUGGACAUCCGCAUAUGGCGACCCCCAAGAGGGGUAGCGGAAGCAGUAACGGAAGACCGACUCAGGUUUGCAAUGGCGUGUUUCUUGUGUGUCGACCCUAUCCCACAAGGAGCUCGCAGACUCUCGAUUCUUUCCUGGAGCACAAGCUCGAAAACAUCCGCCUCAAUCAGCGAAUCGCGCAACUGAGAGAGGAGGAAGAGGAAGAUGAUAUUAACGCAGGCCAACAAUCAGCACCCGGUAAUCAAACAACGACGACAACGACGACACAUACGAUGCACUCAACCUUUAUCACUUCCGUGCAGUCAAGUGUCACUCAGUCUAACGUCGCCGAGGCUGCCGGAUCGGGCGACGAUUCCAAUGACUCGUCGGACGAGCCCACAAUCGGUGACGAAUCGGAUUCACGUUCACUCCUGGAACAAGUCGAGGACCGACUACCCCAGACCGAAGACAUGUCCCAUAUCGAAGGCAUCGAGGUCAUGACCGGUCUGUAUUAUGGAGACGGCGAACGAUCUCAGGGUCUCAGUACCGGUCUGCGACAAGGCCGUCUCAUCCACUGCAACAGGGAAAGCAGCUCACCCGAGUCCCAAGAGCAAGAUUUGCCAGACAGCGACCGGAGAAAACGGCUAAAGGGAGAAUAUAUGUGUACCGAUUGCGGCACAGCCGACUCCCCAGAGUGGAGAAAAGGCCCCGAAGGACCCAAGACGUUGUGUAACGCGUGCGGGUUACGUUGGGCUAAAAAGGAGAAGAAACGUCAAGACCCGAUCUAGUCCCUCUGUUCCUCUUCCCUCUGCUCCCCUUGUUGCCGGAUUGGAUGCAUAAUCGAAUCCCCAUUUCUUGCGUUGCGAAUAUCCUGCUCCUGUCGACGAUACCCCAAGCCAUUGUUUUCUGUUCUUUCAGUGUGCCUUCGUACGUGAGUCUAGUUGUUUCCCACUUUGUCCUACCCUCCCUUGCGUGCUGAUGCGCGUCCUUUUUUAUUUUUUUUAUUUUUUAUAUGUAUGUCUAGCUGGCAUGGAUCGGCG